GGGGAUUUCGCACAUUUAGCAAGCGGUACUUCGCGGGCCAGACAUCUCCAAUCUUUCUAACUUGUGAUCAUAAUUCUGUGAGUUUUAAAGAAUGUUGUUUCGCGCCUUGGUUGACAGAGGAGUCAGCAAACGAAAAUGCAAUGGUUUCUACCCGGAAUAUCCACUUUCACCAUUGCUGGAAGGCUAUCAGUGCGCCCGACAAGAUGAGCACAUUUCCUAUGGAAAUUUGGGCAAUGUGGUGCCGCCUUUUGGGUGCAGCUUUUCAUCAGCGCGAGAUCUACAGAAUGUAUUGGCAGUGGCCAACGAGGAUGGAAUCGUUAGGCUGUACAAUACAGAAAACCGACAAGAUCCAAUCUUGAAAGAGUGGAUGGCACAUGACAAUGCAAUCUUUGAUGUUGCGUGGGUACCAGGAGAGGCCAGUCUGGUUACUGCAUCAGGGGACCAGUCUGCUCGCCUGUGGGAUGUGAAGAGUGGAGACCUGCUAGGAAGCUUCAAGGGACACCAGUGCAGCCUAAAAUCUGUUGCCUUUUCUAAACAGGAGAAAGCGGUGUUCUGCACUGGAGGUCGAGAUGGCAAUAUUAUGCUUUGGGACACAAGGUGCAGUAAGAAAGAUGGUUUCUACAGACAAGUGAAACAAAUCAGCGGCGCUCACAACAGAAACAAAGCGGACCUGUCCAAGACGCCCAAAUCCAAGAAGAGAGUGCAAUGCCAGCGAGUGGCUGAUAACCAACAGAGCGUGACUGUAGUGCUGUUUCGUGAUGAGCACACUCUGAUAUCAUCAGGUGCUGUAGACAGAACAAUCAAGAUGUGGGACUUAAGGAAGAGCUACACGGCAUAUCACCACGAGCCUGUCCCUCUACAGGUGUAUGUGUACCCCGGCUCCAGCACUCGCAAGCUUGGCUUCUCAGGGCUUGCGUUGGACUCCACAUGUUCCAACCUAUUUGCCAACUGCACUGAUGACAAUAUUUACAUGUUCAACGUUAGUGGCCUGAAAACAACACCAGUGGCGAUUUUCAGUGGCCACCGCAAUUCCUCAUUCUACGUGAAAUCCAGUGUCAGCCCUGACAACCAGUUCCUGGCCAGCGGUUCCAGUGACCACAACGCUUACAUCUGGAAGAUAUCUGAGCCAAACCAGGCUCCCAUGAUGCUUCAGGGCCACAGUCAAGAAGUCACCUCGGUGGCGUGGUGUCCCACAGACUUCACAAAGAUUGUUUCCUGUUCCGAUGACAACACUAUCCGUAUCUGGAGGAUAAACCGCGGUGAAGAUGGAGCGCGCUCCACCGUUGGCGAGGCGAACCUCGUGGGGUGGGCGUGUCCCAAAGUGAAAUCAACAAGUCCUGUUCAUCCUGGUACUUUGAAUAAGUGUGAACUCACCCCAGCCAAGAGUCCUCGCACAGACAGCCUUGGGCCCCUGGCCUCCCCCCAGCCAGCUGCCUGUGCCCCGAGUGGAGCUGACCUCCCUCUCCCGUCCAGCACCCCUGGCCCGCUGGGACACAAAGCCUUCACCCCUCCCCGAAACCCCCCCUCCUCCAGCGCCUCCAUUCGCCAGUGGCUCUCCCGCACCCCUGGGUCCCCUGGCGGAUCCCCUGCCGAUCAGCUCACCCCGCCGCUCAGGAAGGUGCUCAGCCCAUGCCCCCAGAGCCCACAGCCUCGCCUGGGCGCGCCGUCGCCACCCGAACGCCGUGCCAAGCGUCGCCUGGAGACGACCGCAGACGGGGAUGCCUGCUGCCGUGACGAGGGGUUGUGCGGCUGUGUGUCGGAACUCAACCCGACGGCAAAGAGAGGCCGGAUCCAGGGCUUCGGGGAGAGCGGCCCUGGUGUGGCCCAAAGAGGUGAGGCCCGAGACGGGGUGGAGAGGGCAGAUGAGCCCUCCGCUGUGGACCUGGAGGGGAAGCAAGGGUCCGGUUCACACUCGGAGGCGGAUAAGGAGAACAGCUCCUCGCUUGCAGCUGGUUGGCUGACCGUUAUGGGACGGGCACAGCAGAAAGGACACGGCACACUCUCGCCCUCUUCCAGAAGUCCCGGCUUGGGAAAGAGACAGGAGAAACGGACACCGGCCUCUCCGACCCUGCGCUCUCCUCAAUCCAUGAGAAAGAUCUCCUCCUACUUCCACAAGAGGACUCCAGAAUGAUCUUACACAGACUCUUCCAGGGAGAGGACACUUUUCUAUGGGACUCUUGGAUAAUGCACACAAGUUAUGUUUAUCAUUUUAUUCAAGGAACACACUAUGUACCUCACAUACAAGGUGUUCCUGUUUUUUUUUUUUUUUUUUAAUUCCGUGUCCUGAUGUAUGUAUUGUAUAUUUUAAGUGGGCAGGGGUGAUUUGAAUCCAAAAGAUAAAUUCUCUAAGUUGUAUGUCUUGCAUUUUUUUUUUUGCAUGGCUUUGUAUCUAAUAUGGUGUGUUGUGUGAAGUUGGUGUGGUUUGAAUGUGCACAUGUAAAAAAAAUGAAAGCCUCUUCGCCUGUAUACAUUUUUAUAUGUAAUUUGAUCAUUUGAUAGUGAAUAUUGUUGCAGUGUUGUACAAGGUCAUUUGUGUAUAUGUACAUAUCUCACUGUGUAUAUUGACCAAAGCUGUCUUGGAAAAACUCUUAACGUUAUAAAUAAAUGCAAGCACUUUGGUUUGCACACUACCUUU